UCUAAUUACAGAUAUAUGUAUACAUUUCUCAUAACACAUUAUAAAGUCUCUCUAACUUUCAAGCUAUGUUUGUUUUCUUGUCUUUCUCCAGAGAGGGGGGGAGUGAGAUUAUAUGAUAGAAAUAAAUACUUUGCAUUUUUAACUCCAAUUCACACCACAUUCAGGUUAUAUUGGGCCUCAUGGGCCUUAAAUUGAAACGACGGCAUUUACUUGCUCUCCUAUAGUUUUUCAAAACUAGCCGGAGCCACCGUGAGAGAGAAGAGAAGAAGGAGAAUGAGCGGCGGAGGAAACAACAACGUAGUGAACAAAGUGUUCUACGCGACGUCGUAUCAUCCGAUACAAGCCGGAAGUAUCGACGGAACCGACGUUGCUCCACAUGAUAACGGCGUUCGUCGAGCUCUCCUCUGUUACAACGCCGGGGUACUCUUCCAAAACGGGGUACUCUUCCAAAACGGCAGCAGAACACGAAUCCAUCAGAUUGAGGGCUGCUUCAUCAUUAGGCUUCUCAAACUCAUGAACUUGAGAGAAUCUAUAGUUUACGUAAAGUUGAUUGCUUUGUAUGUGUUUUGGUGUUUUGAAGAUGACCCUUCUGGAGAUUCGAAAGCAGCUGGAGAUCCUUACUGUACGUUGUUCGUGGGUCGAAUCUCGCAUCUUACGACGGAGGAGACUCUUCGUGAGGCUAUGAGUAGAUACGGCAAAGUUAAGAGCUUGCGCUUGGUCAGACACAUUGUGACGGGUGCUUCACGAGGAUAUGCUUUUGUGGAGUAUGAGACUGAGAAGGAGAUGCGUCGUGCUUACGAGGAUGCUCAUCAUUCAUUUAUUGAUGGUCGAGAGAUUAUUGUGGAUUAUAAUAGGCAGCAGUUGAUGCCUGGAUGGAUACCAAGAAGAUUAGGAGGUGGACUUGGUGGUAGGAAAGAAUCUGGACAACUUCGUUUUGGAGGACGAGAUAGACCCUUCCGUGCUCCCUUGUAUGGUGUUUGCCUUUGCUCUCCUCUUCCUUUUAGCAAACGUCAUAAACACAGGCGUUCUCAUCAUCAUCUAGUCGAGAUAUUCAUUCUUCUGACUGAAUCUUAUUAUUAAGGAUCAGUGAGAGAGAUCGCCUAGUUUCCCCCAAGAGUCCCAUGAUCUUGAGGGUUUCAUCACCUGACUGUGAAAAGCAGCGGUAGAUAGUUUCUAGUAGUAUUUGACAAUGGAACUUGUUGUUCAUUAGGCUAGUUGUUGUAUUUGACCAUCAUGGAUUUUGGAACUAAUUGUUUUUUCUUCUAAGAAGGAAGUUCUUUUUGUUUGUUUGGGGAAUGAUUGUGCUGAGAAUUCUCAUGAUACAUAGUGUAAUUUCACGAGUUUAGUGAUC